AUGGCGCACCAGGUUGCCUCGGGUGCCAAGCCAAUUGGCCACUUUGUAAUGUUGUUCCAUUAUUGGGUUCAACUCUCUGGCCCUAUCCAGACGCUCGCGAACGGAUUCGGGACCCGGCCGCUUGAUUUUAAGGGCGGUCAGAUAGAGUUUACAAACAUUCAAUCCUCUUAUGAUGGCAGAGAGCCUGUGUUGAAAGAUAUGACCUUCAACAUGCUCCCAAACCAGACUACGGCUAUUGUUGGAAAAUUGGGGGGAGGAAAAUCAAUGAUUUUUAAGCUGCUCCUGCAAUUUUAUGAUCUGAAAGCCGGGGCUAUCUGCAUUGAUGGGCAGGACAUCACCGGGGUUAUGAUUGAAAGUCUGCAAGCAACAUUUGGGAUUGUGCCCCAAACCAGCGAGCUCUUCAAUGGCACUAUCACAGAGAAUAUUCGCAUUGCGAAACCUGAUGCCACUGAUGAUGAUGUUGCACAUGCAUGCGAUGCUGCUGCCCUUCAUGACACAGUCAUGGGUUUCCCCGAUCAAUACAAUACCAUGGUAGGAGUAGGCGGGAAAAAGCUUUCCAGCAGUGAAUUGCAGCGGGUUGCAAUAGCACAAGCAUUUAUCAAAGACCCGAACAUUGUUCUCCUGGAUGAAGCCACUAGCAGCUUGGACAGCAAGACAGAAGCCCGCGUUCAACAGAGUUUGACGAAGCUUUGUGCCGGUCAGACUAUGAUGGUCAUCGCGCACCACCUUUCUACCAUCGCAAAGGCUGACCAGAUACUUGUAGUCAAUGACAGCAAGAUUAUGGAAGAGGGUACACACUCGGAGCUUCUUGAACAGGGGGGCCAUUAUCACUAUCUUUGCAAUUUGCAAGGUGUUUUUACUUCAAUCAAAGAUGAUUCAUCAAGCACAUGCUCGUAA